AUGGACCGCUCUGCAGAGUUCUUCUCCACUGUCGAAUCCCUGCGCUCCCGCGCACAACCUCACAUCGCCUCCGACAAGCGACGGCUCCUCUCACCCAUCGAACAGCAACAGGCGGCCGGUCUCACUGCGGGUGUGAAUGCCUCCGCAAGGCCAAAGUCUGAGUUUACACUCAUGGCAUCGCUCAUCAACAAGGACAUCCACGCAGCUGCUGGCAAGCUGCAGAAACUUGCUCGCCUCGCCAAGCGCAAGACCCUCUUUGAUGACAGGCCGGUCGAAAUUAGUGAACUCAUCUAUAUCAUCAAGCAGGACAUUGCAAAGUUGAACAAACAGAUUGCACAUCUGCAAAGCUAUCUCAAGGAGCAGAGUGCAAAGUCGACAAGUUCCGGCAAGCAGGCAGUGGAACACAAUGCCAAUGUGGUCGUCAUGCUCCAGUCCAGGUUGGCGGCACAGACAUCGGCCUUUAAGGAUGUGCUCGAACUCCGGACUGAAAACAUGAAGGCGACUAAAGAUCGGCGGGAACAAUUCAUGUUUACGGCACAGCAGCAGGGCAGCACCUUUGCCAGCGACUCUCCACUGUACAACCUUGAUCGACGUCCGGCCUCAAGCACCAAUCCGCCCAAGGAUGUUCUCUCACUGGACCUAUCAACGCCCUCACAUAAUCUUCAGCAGCAACAAGUGCAACUGGUGGACUCCAGCAAUCAAUAUCUUGAGAGUCGAUCAACAGCAAUAGAGUCCAUCGAAUCCACGCUGCAGGAACUGGGAGGCAUCUUUCAGCAGCUGGCACAGAUGGUUUCGGAGCAAAGGGACAUGGUUCAAAGAAUCGAUGCCAAUACGGACGAUAUCGAGUCGAAUGUGACAGGGGCACAGACGGAGCUACUGAAGUACUAUAGCUAUGUCUCUUCGAAUCGAUGGCUCAUGGUCAAGGUUUUUGCGGUGCUGAUUUCGUCGGCAGUGACCCUGUCGGUACUGUCAUAA